AUGCGAUCAGAUCAUGACCCUACUAUUUCUGUUGAUCAGAAAUCGAUACUCACUGAACUCAAAACCAAGCUUGCAGUGAUUGGCCCAAUCAGUCACUCAGAGGGAUCACAGAGAGAGCUGAAUAUAAGUCUCAGCAAGCAUGCAAAAGUCCUUGAGCAAAUGUUGAAUCCUGAUAUAUCGAAGGCAUAUAGAAAUGUUGAUUUUAAUACUCAUAUUGUAAAUCAGAUCAUCAUCAAUCACUUUUGCCGUGAAGGCGAAUUCGGUAUCGUAGACUGCUUAAUAAACGAGGCCAGUGAACCAGAUGCCAUUUUAGUCAGAUUGCAAUUUCAAGAGAUGCAUGAAAUACUCGAGGCUAUGAAAUCUAGGAAUGUUGUACCUGCUUUCACUUGGGUUUCAGCAAACCGUGCAAGACUAGAGAAGUCCGGUUCAAAUCUUGAGCUAAAACUUCACAAGCUGCGGUUUGUUGAGAUUUUGCAGAAUGGAACCCGAGAAGAUGCCAUCAGCUAUGCCAAAACUUGCCUGUCUCCUUUAGCUUCUAGUCAUAUGAACGAGAUACAGAAGCUUAUGGGUAGCAUUCUGUGGGCAGGAAAACUUGACAGGUCCCCUUAUUCUGAUUUGAUUGAUCCAACACGUUGGGAAACGUUGUCCAAGGAGCUUUUUCAGCAGUUCUGUAAUUUCAUGGGGCAAUCCUCUCGGAACCCUCUCCGUGUGGUGGUAGCUGCCGCAGUGGAGGGAUUGCCAACUCUGUUAAAAUUGGCGAAAAUCAUGGCUGCAAAGCCAGAUGAGUGGCUUGCAAUGAAACAAUUACCUGUGCCCAUGGAGUUGGGUGAGGAAUUUCAGUUCCAUUCCAUUUUUGUUUGUCCAGUUAGCAGGGAUCAAGGUAGCAAAGAUAAUCCACCAAUGUUGUUGCCAUGCGGGCACGUUCUUUGCAUGCAGUCGAUUGUUAAACUUUCGAAGAGCUUCACUUGUAACUUCAAGUGUCCGUAUUGUCCCGGUUAUAUUUUGGGUGGUUUGGGUGCUUUGGGGGCAAGGUGCAAGCAACUGUACUUCUGA